AGCACAAGAGGGAAAACCUGAGACCCAGGGUCGCACCUGAUGUGGUCCUCAAAUGCCUUCUGAAGUUGCCCACUCUUCCAUCCCAUCAGGGCUCCUUUUUUAUGCUUCCUCAUUUUGCCUGGAUUUUUUAUGUACAUCUCAUCACCCACGCACUUUCUGUGCUUCUGCACACUAGUUGCUGGAAACUGCAGAAGGGGGAGAGGCCUCUUGUGCUCAGGUUCUGCUUGCAUCUGGUUGGCCCAGUGGUGUAGCGUGGGGGGAGGGCUGGGGAGGCCAUGGUCCAGGGGCCACCACAACAGGCUCCCUCAUCAGAGCCUGGAUCUGGAGUGUGAGGGAGCUGCAGAGACAGGCAGCUUCCUUGCGCCAAACGCCACCAGCCGCAACUCCAUUGCUGGGUCAAGCCUGACCCGGGGGUGCAGAGGAGAGAAGGCAGCAACGCUGCUGCCCACUUGCCUGGGCUGCAGCAUGUGCCCGCCCAGCUGCAGCUCCAUCCCCAGGUGAGGCUUGAGUGACCCAGGGGCAGAGAGAGGCUGCGGCAUGUGAGGCGUCCAGCUGCAGAACUCUAUAGCCGGGUCAAGCCUAGGCAUUCUUACCGGAGGUAGUAGCCAUGGUGGACAUCAAAGCCAGGUUGUCCUGAUUCCAGAUCAGUUAAUCCAGAACAUUUUUGUCUCUGGCUCUGCCCACCAUAGGCAUGCAGGCUGUGGAAGGUUAUGCCCAAGGGAGUGCAACCCUCAACAAAAGAAAUUGCCUACCCUUCCUCUAUAGAGCCCGGCUCUCUUUCCUUCAGUGCCACCCUCCCAAGGUGAGGUAGAUCAGGCUGAGGGAGGAGUGGCCCAAAGAUUCAUGUUUUAUAGGUUAUAAAUGCCAUAUAUAAUGACUUUUGUUGUAAUUGUGAUGCUUAGCUUGUUUUUCAUUGCUGCUUUGUUAAUAGUGUUCCAUAGCUAUUAACUGGUUUUUCAAAAUUUUAUUAUAAGUAUAAUUUUAUUGAUUUCCAGUACAUAACAAUUACAAAAGGGUGGGGAAGGCAAAAUCCCAGCUUGCCUCCCUCCCCACUCCAGGACCAAUCAGUCUAUUUGAGUUUGCCAAACUUCAAGGGUUGAUUUCAGUGGCUGCCGUUCUUCAGGGUUAUCAGUAAAGUAUUUUAUAAAGCGAUUGUAAUUGUUUCACUGAUGAUUUGUUAAUUAUUUUAUAUGGUUUAUGCUGUACUUGAGAGGUUCUGUUAUGCUGUAUUACGAUAUUCUUUAUUGUUUGCAAACCACUUUGGGAUUCAUUUGAAUGAAAAGCAUCUAGGAAAUACAAUCAAUUAAUCCAAGGAAGUUGGAGAGCUUAAUGGCUUGAAUCUGCCUUUGAACCCGCUUCCCCCUGGACUGUAUAAAGGUAAAAAGAGCCCGGGAGGGGGGCGUCCAUCGGGUCCAUCACCCUCUUCUCACAAGAUGCCCCAAAGGACGGGAAGGCGCACUGGCCACUUGCGCUCUGGAGGAAUCUCCCGCUUCCGACGGCGGAGGUGGAAGGCAGCAAGGGGCCAGGCAGAGCCCAGCGGCCGUCCAUGGUCUUCACCCGCCUCCUGGGAAAGCCGUCCAGGCUGCUGAGGGCCAUCCUGGGCCGCGUCUUGGGGGAAGAAGCAGAAGCGCCGUCGGGCCGCGAGGUUGGACGGAGGCUCCCCGGCAGCGGCGGCAGCGGCUCCUGCCUUCUCGCCCCGUCCCUCUUUGCCCUUAUAUAGGCAUCUCUGGGAUCAAAUGGCAGGGAGAAGAGAAAAAGAUGCGGAGAAGGAGAGGAGGAGGGCUGGGGAGGCGGGCGGGCGGAGGAAGGGCGGCGCGAGCCCUUUCCCAAAAAAGUAUUGGAUGUCUCCAGGAAUGCACUCGGCCCCCGGGGACGGCGGUACUUAUCUGCCCGGCGCGACUGGGGAGGCGCUCGCACUUCAGCCCGGCCCUUCGUCUCCGCGCAGCCCAGCCUCCUCCAGGAAGGCAGCUCCAGACGCAGCAGCCAGACGCACAGGUCCGCCGCCGCCGCCGCCUUCGAACCGGGACGUUCUUCUUCUUGCCGCUGACCCCCGACCACCGCCGCCGCCGCCAUGGAUGCCAUCAAGAAGAAGAUGCAGAUGCUCAAACUGGACAAGGAGAACGCCUUGGACCGGGCCGAGCAAGCCGAAGCCGACAAGAAGGCGGCCGAGGACAGGAGCAAGCAGGUGGGCGGACGCCCCGUCGGGGCCCCGCAGGGGAGUGGAGGGAGUUUGGAGUGGGGCUGGGGAAUGUGGGGAACCACCCCCCGAGAAGGCGAGGGGGCGCGCCAGCAAACGACCCUCCCGAUUCUCGACGUGUUUCCUCGGGAGUAAGGUCCGUGGAUCUCCAGGAGGUUCCAGACCGACGGGCUGCCUUCCCGGCGUUGGGUUUCUGGAGUGCUUUGUAAGAAAGAGGGCGCGCGGUGGGCCGUCGAGGAAAUUUGCCUAAAGUUGGGGGUGUCUUUCUUUUUUGCCCCUGGAAGAAGCUGGGCUCGUGGGCGAGAAGGGGCGUGCACCUCCUCCUGAGAAAAGCAGUUGGCUGAAGGGGAACGCUUCUGGACGGUGGCUCGGCAGUAGCAGGCCCCGCUCCGCGGCUCCCAGGUCGUGGAGGAAGAGAAGCAGGGUGUGCCGUGGGACUUUUUGACACACGGAGUCACAGGCCGGCCUGCCAGCUUUCUGAGCGUCAAACUAGUUUCACUGCAAUAAGAGGAGCAGAAUCGCUACAGCAGGACCAGAAGCCUCUUUUCUCAGAAGUAAAAUCCCAUGGGGAUGGGAUUUUACUUCUGAGAAAAGAUGCAGAAGGCCAGGCGGUGAGGCUGCCCAUUGGGCUCAAGGGCCCUGAUCCUGAGGAGGCAUGCCUAGAGGAUUGAGCCCACAGCCUCCCUGUGGGAGGAAGCCCCAACAUUCCCCGUUCUCCUUGACUUCCAAGUGGGCAUGAGGGUCCUUGCCAUCAAUCAGCCCAGGCCAGCUCAAGCUUGUCAUGACUAAGCCCCACUGAAAAUAGUUGCUCACAAAUAACUUGUUUUGUUGGUUUCAGCAAGAUUUACUAGUGACUAAGUAUAGCUGGAUUGGGGUCCAGUUCAAAUCAGGGACUGUCUCCCACCCCCACCCCUUUUUUUAAAGUGAUCUCCAGAGUGGGGUUAAAAAAUGAAAAGAACAACCAAACCCUCUAAGUCAAUAACUAUAUCUAAGCACAGGGUGUUGACUGGCCUGUGGAUGGGACUGAGUCCACGGCUCAGAUCUGUUGCAUCCUGCCUCACAUGCCACUUGGUUAAUGCCUUUUCUCCUGCUUCUGGUCUUGUCUGCCCAUGUGAUGGAGACCUUUAAAAAUAUUGUGCCCACUAAUUCCAGGGUGGGUGGGAGGAAUCCAAGAGGGUGGCUGAAGGCAGGGCAAUGUCCCUGGACACAAAUGCAUCUGAGUGUGUUGUCUGUCUCCUCCUCUUUUGCCUCUAACAUGCGUGGCUAGUUGGAGGAGGACAUUCUGCAGUUGGAAAAGCAACUGCGGGUCUCUGAGGAUGAGAGGGACCGGGUUCUGGAAGAGCAGCACAAAGCGGAAGAGAGCCUGCUGGCUGCGGAUGAGAAGGCCACCAAGGUACCGUGCUGAGAGGAUGCUAACGGUUCUCCUUCUCUCCCUCUUUCCUCCUUCUCUCCUCCUCUGUCCAUCUGUCCUUCUGCACCUGCACCUCUCCUGUGCGCGAUCACCUUGCCUGCUGCACCCCCUUCUCCCACACGUCCUCCCUGCUUUCCCCACGCCACAACCAGCUGGAGGAUGAGCUGGUGUCUCUGCAAAAGAAGCUGAAGAGCACUGAAGAUGAACUGGACAAAUAUUCUGAGUCCCUGAAAGAUGCCCAGGAAAAGUUGGAGGUGGCAGAGAAAAAAGCUGCAGAUGUGAGUACCCUUCCCUUUCCACCAUCACACACACCACUAACAUUUGGGCUGCCAUCAGCCUAUGCCAUCUCUAAGGCCACCCAAGUCCAUCUUCAGGGCCAGGCAUCUCUUGACAAGGGCGGAUGGGCAGGAACAGACCAUUUUCCUUGCAUGAUGACAGUCACCCCAUCACCAAAGAGCAUGGGUACCAAUUGUUCAUUUUGGGUACCUCCAAGCGUGUGAAGUGCUACUGCUUCAUAACCAAAGGGGAAAGAUGUCUCUCGGGGGUCAAUAUGCAGGCAGAGGAUGAAGGGAAAACAGAGAAGGGAUGUAAAUAAUUAGGGUUGUUGAGUUGAGGCUCCAAUGCAUAUAAUGGAUACCCAGUAGGUUACCAAAAGAUGUCUGGGCUUAAGGAUUUAAGGGUAGAGGUAGACCAAUGGUUCUUAGCUUCCAAGCCAUCUUCUGGUUUUGAAAGUCAGAAGGUUUGUCAAGAAAACUACAGCUGUGAGAACUCAGCCCGGAAGGUGAUACUUGCUGGGUCUGCAGUCUGCAGGAGAUAGAUCCAGAGAAUAAGCAUCGGGGUUAUAUAUAGCUCAGCACUUUAUAUGGUAUGGGUGAGAGCUGCACCCUUUGCAGCCUCUCAUUCCGCCCACCUGUCUAACCCUUGACGAGUAUUAAAUAGUCCCAUGCAUGUAACUCUCAGACAUUUGUAGCUCCCCGUUCAUUACGGUGCAAGGGAAAUUCUUUCCAAGUAAAGACGUCCUCCCAAGUUUAGAGCGGGUGAUGCACAUCCCAAGCAGAUGAUGUCACUUAUAUUUCACUCAUUUGAAAAAUGGUAGCAUAACUUCCAUAUACAUAAGUGGUUUUAGAAAGAAUGGGCAAAAGUGCGGUGUUAAAUGAAGACGAUCCAGUGCAAGUUGGAAGACAAACUUCUUUCUUAUUUCUGCUCAGUCCAUUGCGUAGGAUUAAAAAAGAAAGUCUUGUGCCCAGGAAUCUGUUUGACUUAAUUUCAGCCAUAGAACCACAGAAUGACUCUUCGUCUGAGAGACAGGCUGCAUCUAAUCUGCUUCAGAUGUGUUUCCCCCGUAUGUGGCAUUCUAUAGAUGGAAGUCAGCAUUCCAGCCAGCCGGUUUAUUUAACUUGUUCAAAGGAACCGCAUAUAGAUCCAGGGGAGAUAUUCCUUAUAAGGAAAAGAAUGCAGACUAUUUUGAAAUGGCUUGUCUCAGAUGAAGGCUGGGGAGAGCUGAGAAAUGCUACUGGAUUCUCAGAAGGAGACUCUUGCCGUUUCCCUUUAAUUCAGAAAGCAGGCACAUUGGCUUGCAAAUGUUGGAAGGAAAGUGAGAGCUCCUUCCCCAUCUUUUCCCAUCCUGUACCUUUUAGGUGUGGGGUUUCUUUUCGUAGAAAGCAGCAAAAGGAGAUACAGUGCUGAUUGAUCUAGAAGGCCAACUUGCCUAGAGAGGAAAUAAUUUCCUGGACUGAUUCAGAAAAAUGCUUAGGGAAGGACGGAUGUUAAAUGAGUGUGCAUGAGGAAGGGCUCCCUGGAGUGAGAUCACCUUUACCGGCUGGGAUUGGGCAACUGCGGGGACAUUAGUCAUGGGCAAAGCAGACGGCAGUCAGCCUCCAAAUCACUUCCUUUGAGACACACUGGUUUGCCUGUAGUGGGAGGGAACGGCUUAAUGAGUAACUUUAGGGUGUUGCUAUCCUGUUCCCUGCGUGGCCUCCACCAGUCAGCAGAUUCUUGGCAGGUGCCCUUUUACUGUAAAGGUGUGCCCUACUGUUCUAAAUUGUCACAGAUCCUACUUUCAGAAGCCUUCACUGCCAGAAAGCUGUAGUACAGGCAGCCCCAUCUGAACUUGCUCUGCUUUGAAAACUAUGUUUGCUAUCCGGAGAGAGAGACAGACAACACACACACACAGAGAGAGAGAGAGAGAGAGAGAAAGAGAGAGAGAGAUCAGUACUACUCGUGCAGCAUGUUGACUCAGGACAGAGUCCCACUGAGUAGAUUGAGUGGGGUGGGGCUUGCUGGCUGGUAAGUGUUUAGGGAUUGCAGCCUUUCAGCCCAAUCCUAUACUAUUAUACUCAAAAGUAAGGUGAGCUGAGUAAUCCGGGGCUUACUCCCCAGGUGCUUGAAAUGGCAGCUGAAAUCUGCCUGUUAUUCCAUCCUCCACUUCUGCCUUGAGUGCCUGUGUGUUUUGAAGGCUUCCUCAGGAGGUUUAUGGUAAUCCAAAAUGGCCAUCCGUGGGGGGUUUCCUCCCUCCCAGGAGGGUGAGCAGGCCAAGUUCCUUCUGGCUUCUGAACACAGCUUUCAACUAAAAAUCAAUUUGGAUGACCAGAACAAUAUUUUCCAUGUGCCGACCUCCGUAGGAUAUAAUUCUGAACAUGUGGAACAUCCUGUCUUGUGGAAAGGAAACUGUUAUAAUGAAGAGGGCUAGGCAGUUUCUCUCUUUAAAAAAAUACCCUCCUUGCAGACUUCUCCAUUCAUUUUUAAAGCAAACAAUUGAAGCUCAGUUUAAAUAUGAAGCUGUAUUUAAAAGCAGAAACAUCUACAUGUAGAAACAACUAGUGCGCCAGAGCCACAUGCCACAGACUGGAUUCCUGGCGUACUCCUGUUGCUCACACAGUCACCAGAGACGACGCACCUGGUUGGGGCUGAAAACCUGGCAGAAGGUUCUGUAGAUGCUAAGUGCUCAGUCCCAGCCGGGUAGGUUGUCGAAUUACUGGGUUUUAAAUAUAUAUAUAUACCUGGUGUCAUGCUUAAACCAGGACUGAGGAGGAGCUGAUUCUGCCGUAGGCCAACACCCACCACACCCAACUUGGCAACUCAUCUGACCAAGAUUUGAAGCCAAAGUUUAACUGAAGUUGCAAAUCCUAGUCAAAUGGAAACCCUGGCUAGCCUUUGUCAUAGCUCAUAUCAGUAGAUAAGGUAGGAGUGAGAAACCACUCCCUGUGGGGGAGCAGAAAAAGAGAAGCCCAUAGCUCAAUGGCAGACACUCCUGGUUUUUGCAUGUAGAAGUUUGGUGAUCUGGUCGUCCCCGUCCCCCCCUGGGUUUUGAACUAAAACUCCCAUCAACUCCAGCCAGCUGGGCACCAGACUGGCAAAGCCUGCUUUAAAGGAUCCUUGCCUGAGACCCUGACAAGCUGUUGCCAGUCAAAGACAGCAGUACUGGACGAGAUCAGGAGUAGGCAGGCUUUAGGAUCCACUUUCGUUUUUUUACCAAACCCCCAAGACCAGCCAAUUGGAGUCAGUUACAAAAGGCAUCCUUUUGGAAUUCGCCACUUGGUUCUGCAAUCAGAAGGAAUGGUGAUGGCAUAAGGCAUCUCCUCUACUGCCCUUCACCUGUCCUCCACCCCGGUUUUUCUGGUGGUGCCAAGAAUCCCCCUGUGCCUUGUUGCUAUGAAACUCCUUGGAGAUAUCUGGAGUAUUUUGGACAGCACUUUAGCAUCCUGCUGUCACUAAGCCCCCCCUCCCCCAUCCUAGAAUGACUCUGGAAUACGGAGUGUUCAACUCAAGGUGAUUCUUUGGUUUGACAUUCCCUGUGUUUCAGCCAGUAUUCUUCCUAGUUUUCUCUAGUGCAGCAAGUCCUGCUCCUUCCCCCUUCCUGUUUUCUCAGGGGGCGGGGCACAAUUUUUCCAUUCCAUUUGCAUUAUAACACAAGCAUGUUCAGAGCCAAUUUAAAACCUCUUUGCUCUUUCCCAAAUAGAAGGAUGUAAAGCCCCCUUCCCCCACCGAACACACCUAGAGUUGCACAGAGGCCACAAUUCUGUUUGCUGAUAUCUUGAACAAGCAUACUUUUCAGAAUUCAUGCAAGUUCUCUAAGCCUUCCUUGCAAACAUAGACCAAUAUAGAGAUGGUAAUAAUAUUGCUCUACCUUGCAGGACUCUUGUGAGGACUGCUGAGAUAAGGCAUGUGAAAUGAUUUGAAUGCCAGCAAAUGCUAAGUGGCAUUAAGGCCACAACCCUAAAAACCUAAGCAGCUUUGUACUGAACCAGACCCUUAGUGUAGAGACAAUACUGAGGUAGAUGGACUAACUGGCAACAGUUCUCGUGGGGUUUCAGACAAUAGAAAUCCCAAAGCUAUACGUGGUGGUGCCAGAGAUUGAAACUGGGGCCAUCUGCAUGCAAAGCCAUUGAGCUUCAGCCCUUCCAGACAGAGGAGUAAUAUCCAUCAGACACAACCGGAUUUGCUUCUGAAUAGACAUGCGUAAGAUUGCACUGCAUAUCUCCCAUAAUGGUUUCCAGAAACGUAGACAAGCACCUUUCAUUCUCAUGUCCUCCCAUUUCAUUUGCUUUGUUAUGGUGGCCUUUUCGCAAUCUCUGUUGGUGGGAGUCUGUCUUGUUUUUGCAUAUCUGGCUCUUGCUAGGUAGCCUGCUAAACAAUGCUGGGAAUCUGUAGCAGGCUCAGUCCCUGGUAACUACUUUCUAUGGUGCGAUUGUGACAGCUGGCUCAACUCUUUAGAUGGUUUAAAGCCAGGAAAUGUUGCUGUAGUAUCACUUGGAGCCAAAGCAUCUGUCCCUGGGAGCACAACACCUCCCACCUUGGAAGUGCUGUGAAUCUUUGACCACCAGGUGGCACUUGUGCAUCUUUUCUGGAAAGUCUCCAUUCACUUCCACCCUCCUCCAUUUCUGCUGCAGCAAACCCCCAAACCUCUCACCCAUUCCUGCCCCAGGGCAUUUUGUCUUAGUACAAAGAGGAGAGAGAGGCUGGGGCAGGGGCAGUUCCAGGAGAACAGGCCUGGGACAAAGCCGCUUAGUCCACCACAGCACAGGAACAGGGCCAGGUGACCCUUCCUUGCUACCCAAGCAAGAGUCAUGUGGGUCAGGGGGCUGCAUCUUGGGAAAUGUGAGAUCCGGCUGCAUUCAAUACCAAGUUCUCUCAUCUUGUGUCAGAGAUAUUCCACUUCAGGUAGCAAGAGAGGGCUCACAGGACAGGAUUGUUCCUCCAUGUGCAAAAAUGGUUAAUAUAUUUACUUGGUUAAUACAUUCCACUACUGAUGCAAAAACAUCUAGAUAGCUAGUACGCCCAUGAAAACAAGCUAAGGCAUAACCCUGACAUGCUAGAUUUAUUGAAGCAGGGAUUUGAGGUGUGUCUGAAAGAGCAUCCCUCAUGCAAGCUUGACCUGUUGUACAGUCCAGAGGUUGCCUGCCUCUUCAGGGCACUGGGGAAAUAUUUGGGUACUCUUAUGCAGAGAGGCAGGGACGCAGGUGGCGCUGUGGGUUAAACCACAGAGCCUAGGGCUUGCCGAUCAAAAGGUCGGUGGUUUGAAUCCCCGCGACAGGGUGAACUCCUGUUGCUCGGUCCCUGCUCCUGCCAACCUAGCAGUUCGAAAGCACGUCAAAGUGCAAGUAGAUAAAUAAGUACCGCUCUGGCGGGAAGGUAAACGGCGUUUCCGUGUGCUGCUCUGGUUCGCCAGAAGCGGCUUAGUCAUGCUGGCCACAAGACCUGGAAGCUGUACGCCGGCUCCCUUGGCCAAUAAAGUGAGAUGAGCGCCGCAACCCCAGAGUUGGCCACGACUGGACCUAAUGGUCAGGGAUCCCUUUGCCAAUGCAGAGAGGCAAUCAAAAGCAGAUCACAUAGCAUGAUCCCAGAAGUGUUUACUCCGCUGUAAGAUUUUGUGGGCCUUGCAAAAAAAGUAUGUGAGGAACUGUGUCUGCAUGCAAACUGAUCAUGGACAUGCUUGUUGUUGUUGUUGUUUAGUCGUGUCUGACUCUUUGAGACCCCUUGGACCAGGCGUACUCAGUAGCAGAUCCCACGGCUUUGAUCUGUAGCGGGACUCACUCCCGAGGAAUUCUAGGAAAUGAAUUCCACUGGUUUUACAAUUCCACUUGUUACAAUCAAGCCGGAUAUAUAUAUAUAUAUAUAUAUAUAUAAUUGAUUUUUAAAAAUUAAUAAGGGGAGAGGUUUACUUCCAAACUAACAGUGUAAAAGGGGUGGCGAGGAAUUACGCAGCGCGAUCCGCAGCGCAUUUCAUCCGCAGGAAGUCCCGCAGAUCUCGGUGCUGCUCGUUGGGCUUGAGCGGUUCUUCAGGCCUUGAAACGACUGCGGCUUACUCGCGAGUAAGUGUCCGCGCAGCCCACUGCAGGGCAGGGCGCGGCUCCGCGCCGAGACGCGGCGUCUCCUGGCGGCGCAGGUGGGCGCUGGCGGGGCCGGGAAGGCGGACUUCCGGAGGCGGCGAGGCGGGAGGAGCCGGCGGUGGGCGCCGCCUUGCCUCCUGGCCUUGCGCCGCGCUGCUUGCCGGUCGGCCGCGGCCCGCUUCCCCUUCUGGCAGCCUCGCCUCCUCGCUCUCUCCUGCGGUGCCCAUGGCGGCGGGGCUCAGCUCGCUGGAGGCCGUGCGCCGCAAGAUCCGCAGCCUGCAGGAGCAGGCGGACGGCGCCGAGGAAAGGGCCGGCCGGCUCCAGCGGGAGCUCGACGAGGAGCGGGCGCUGCGCGAACAGGUAGGCGGCGGCCAUCCCCCGAGCAUCGCGCCGGGCGCCGCAUUCCCAAGGGCGGCGGCCGCCCUUCCUGCGCCUUUGCGCCUCGGGAGCCCCCGAUCCAGCUCGCCUGGGAACCGGGAGGACGCGGAGCGCGAAAAGGGGGUCUUUUCUCUUUCCAGCUCCCGCCUCGGAUUUCUAGCAAGGAGGGAAUUGGGGAGCCCCGCUUGGAGUCGGCAGCUCCCCGGUUGCCCUUCCAUCCCGGAGACAAGAGGGAGCCCCGUCUCCCUCCUCGGCGGCCCGUUCCCCUUCGCGCUUUGCAAGGCGCGCCUCCCCAAAGCUUCCUCGGGAGACAAAGGGGGCUGCCGGGGAUGCUGCGAUGGCCUCGCCUCGGCGAACAAAGGCGGCGCUUUUGGAAAGUUCCCCGCAAGAAGCCCGCUGGCCGUUGCAAGGGGAGCCUGGCGCGGCGCGGCUUCGACCGAGGCCGAGGAGAGCCUUGCGGGAGUCGCUUUGGGCUCGGGGCUCGGAGAGGAAAUGAGUUACCGUUUAGGAUUGCUUUGCGCGGGGUGGCGCAAGGGGCAAGUCUGCACCGCGUGCCCCUGAAAAUCUGAAUUCGGGGCAGCGCAAAACCCACAUUUACACCUCUGGGAUGAAGAGGGCGGGGCUCUGGGCACGGCGAGGGGGUUCUAAGUGUUUACUUUUUUAAACGGAGUAAAAUCCAUGCAAAACAGCAUGGUUGUGGAGGACAUGCAUUAAUGUGCACGCUUUGAUUCCGGUUUAUCCGGACUUCCUUGUAAGCAGCAGAAAUUGGCAUGCCAGCCUCAUAGCCUACCCAGAAAUUUGCCUGAUGCCAAGUGGGACCAUUGGAGCAUCUUGGCUUCAGUAUUGGCUACAAGGGCUCCCCAGGGAUUUGCGCAGGAGGUUUUCCCAGCUCUGCCUGGGCCUGCUAAGGAUCGAACUUGGAACCAUCUGCCUCCUAAGAAGGGGCUGUUCUGCUGAGCUUCUGCGCUUUCCUCCUUUGAGCUAGGGAUCUUCCCUAACCGGGAGGGGGGGGGUAGGUGAGGCUCAGAGACUUAGUCAAUGCAAACCAGAAAUCUUAAAGCUAAGCAGAGACUUGGAAUUCCUCCCCAACUUAAACCCAGUGUCCUGUCCUCUGCACCAUAUUAACCUUUCUCUUUAAAGUGUUGGGGGAUUUGCUCCCAUGGGUGUAGCCAGGGGGGUGGGGGGCCUGCACCCCCCAAUCAAGUAAAUAAAUAGAAAUAACUAACUGAUCAAUUUCAUUGCAGAUAUCUUGGUUCUGCCCCUGCAACAAAAGCCUGCCCCCGCUAAAGUAAUUCCUGGCUGCACCCAGAUGCCACUUAGAAUCGUAGAACAGGUCGUGGGUUUGAGCCCCACGUUGGCCAAAAGAUUCCUGCAUUGCAGAGGGUUAGACUCUCGAUGACCCUUGGGGUCCCUUCCCACUCUGAUUCAUAGACUUCGAGAGGCAUCCAGUCCAACCCCCUACAAUGCAGGACCCACAGCUAAAGAAUCACUGAUAUAGGUGGCCCCCCAUCCCCAAUGAAGGAGAGACCACCCCCCUCUGUGCACAUCUUGCACUGCACCCAGCCCCGAAAGGCAGCUGAACAUUCAUUUUGGCAUGUUCCUAAUAGAGGGUCACAGUAUUAGGUGCAAACAACAUUGUGUGUUAUGCCUGUGCAAAUUUGUUGACCAGAGGAGGGGUGAGGACCCUUUGGCCCUCCUUAAGGUGUUGGAGUCCAUUCCCCCAUCAGCUGCAGUCAUCAGCAAGGUCAGGGAUGAUGGGAGUUGUUGUCAGGCAACAUUUGGAGGAUGCUCCGCACCCCGGACUAGAGUUCUUCCUCAGCGAACAUCAGAAGAGUCCUGCUGCUGGAUCAGAUCAAAGAGCAUAAGAAUAGCUUUGCUGGAUCAGGCCAAAGACCCUUCUGGCCCUGCAUCUGUUUCUCACAAUGGCCCAUUGGAUGGCCGCCUCCUCCUACAGAAUGGAAACAUCAUCUGUCCUAUCAGUUCUCUUAGUAGGCUAGCAAAAAAUAGCAAUAGUAAUAAAAGCCUUCUGCAGAGCAGAUUGGGGCAUGAGGGGUGCUGGUUAUGGAAAAACAUUUCCCUCCCCCUCUUCUCCAUGGCCAAUGUGGGAAUGAAGUGGGCUGAUGGGGGAGGGCCAGACCAUUCAUGCACCCCCAUGGCAUUCCUUGUUGCCUGCCAGGGGAGUUGCUCAGCCAAACUUUGGCCCUCCAGAUGUUGCUAGAAUACUGCUCUCCACCUCUCCUGAACCCUGGCCAUGCUGGCUGCCAGCUUUGCUGGGUGUUGGGAACCCUGGCAACAUCUGGGGGUCAUUGCUCCUGCCCUGACUCUCCUAAUCUGGGAGAAUAUGCUCCCACCUUUUGUUGUGUCCUUUCCUGGUGUAAGGAAUGGUUUUGCUACUCGACACCACAGCUCCCUGUGGCAGAUAAUUCUGCAGGUUAACAGUGUACUUAAAAUGACAAAACUCUCCUGCAACCACCCAGUUUCUUUGGAUUGUGACUCCUGCCCUUUGGUAUUUGCUGAAAGACAAAUCUCCCUUGUCACUUUCUGCGUAUGCCACCCGUGAGAGAGCUCUUUUGGAUCAGCCUUUAAAGGCUUCUCUAGCUCAUCAUCCUGUUUCCUGUGGUAGCCAACUUCCUGGGGGGUCCACAAAGGAGGUAGCACUCUGCUGUUGCUCCCCAGGAAGUAGCAUUCAAAGAUACAUUGCUGCUGAACAUGGAGAUUCCACUUAGCCACCAUUACUAUUGAAAAAGACCCCUAUUUGUGCACUUUCCUGCCCUGCUUUUUGUGCAACUUUCUCUUCAUCCAGGUUGUUAGUGUGUGGUUGUGCUCUCUGGGCUGCAAAUUCUCAAGCAUGCUCUCUGAGAUUCACCCACAAAAGAACUCUGCCUUGAGCAGGUGCAGCUGGUGACUCAGACAUCAUGGACGCCUGGGUGAUGGGCAACUUCCCUGAGCAUUGCUAGCCAGUUUCAUUCAGGCUGUGAUCCUGUGUUCAUUUACAUGGGUAUAAUCUCCCUUGACUUCUAAGUAAAUAUGCAUAUUGAUGUUGGUACCAUUUUUUUAGAAAAACCAAUGUGAACAUCUUUGAAUCUGGUUUCCUUUGCUACAAGGCUGAGUUUCACAUGGCUGCUAUGCACAGGGUUGCCAUACAGGUGUUCAGAUCAGGACUUGUUUUGUUUUGUUUUGUUAAGACACAAGCUGAAAAAAAGCGGCACCUGCAACAAAAUGUUCAGGAUGCCAGCAGCUCCCUCCCGCCUCCAUUUCAAGCACUGUGGUGCCACACCAUCACUUCUCUCAAAGGAUCCUGGGAACUUUUAGUUUGUUGAGGCUACUGAGAGGUGUUAGGAGACCCCAUUCCCCUCACAAAGCUGCAGUUCCCAGAGUGGUUUAACAAUCCCUCUUCUCGGGGAACUCUGGGAGCUGUAGUUCUCUUGAGGGGAAUGGGGGCCUGCUCACAACUCUCAGCACCCUUAACAAACUACAGCUCCCAUGGUUCUUUGGUGAAGCCAUGGCUAUUAAAAGGGAUGCUUUAAGUGUAUAGUGCAGGUGGGGCCUUCAUUGCUGUUCCUGUUUGCCUGCUGGGAUCCUGCCCUUUUCUCUGCAGCAAACAUUUAGUUGGGCAGGUGCCAUGUGGGGUGGAUGCUUGACUUAAUGGCAGGUGACCCACUUGUUUGCUUGAUCACCAUGCAAAGCAGAGGGAGGCGGGGAUGAGAAGAGGAGGGGCAGGGGAACCCGAAGCCAGGGCUGCUCCGGGAUGUGGGCUCUAGAUGGAGCAGGACUCCAACUCCUGCCGUCUCUGACCAUUGGCCAUGCUGCCUGCUGGGACUUGGGGUCCAGGUUUCCCCAUCCCUGACUUAGAUGGUUUUGCAAUUCAGGCUGCAGUCCUAUGCCUGGGGGCUCAUCUCAGCAUCUGAGAAAACAUUGCUUGUUAAGGAAGCCUUGUAUGUAUCUUUUACGUUUUUCUUGCUUGCCUGUUUCUCCAAAGAAACUGGAGGCAGCAAAUAGACAGUAGUAAAAGCAGAUUAAAGCAAACAUGAUUCCUUUAAAAAAAAAAUUCCCCCAAACGCAUGUCCAGAUCAACUCAUUUAACAAAUUCCAGCAGCAUGAAAAUAAUGUAGAAGCCAUCCUGGGGGGGUGGGGGGUGGAGAUAUAUAAUCAACCCAAGGACUUUUAAAGCCAAGGUCGUUUAAGUAAGUCCACAAAAGUUGAUAGUCUGUAAAAAUGUUGUCUAGCCUGCUGCAGAAUGGGAGUGCAGGGCUGGAGAGCAGGCAAGCUCUUAGAGGCCAGGCUGUAAGAAAUGGCCAGUGUAUUGUGCAAAUUCCAAAUCCUGUCAGGAUAUACCUGAGAGAUCAGGUAACUAGCAGAGUUGUUGAAGGGGAGUCUCUGCAGGGUGGAGGGUGCCGUUCCCUUCCCAUUCACUUCAGAAUGACGACUGGAGGGGGAGGGAAAUAGUUGCUGUCAAGCCCAGCAGCAAUCAUUAAUCCCUGGUCUUCUCAUAGUGAAACUAUGAGCAAACACAGACCAGAAACUUGUGUUUAUCGGCUAGCCCUGGGAGUGCCCCUCCGGUGUCAUGGGUAGUUUUCUUUACCAUAUAAGGAAAAGCCCUGCUUUGCAGAAAGAGGGGGGAAAGGCGGAGGGGGGGGGAGAGCAAGGCCAUAAUUUUGGGACUUUCAAGGAAACUACAAGCAAGCCUCGGCUGACUUUCUGCUUUGGGAACAGGAAGUGGGAUACUGACCUUUAAUCACUGCAGACUGCAACUGGGUUGAGAUCAGUUUUGAUGUAAUUAUUAACUGGGCUGCCUAAGCGGUUUUUUCCACACUUGAGACCAGGGUUGUUUGCCAGUUUCCCCCUCCCCAGAGAUGAAAGUACUGUAACACUGAGAGCCUCGGAAAGCACACAUGGACUCUGCUUCAGCCACGCCGGCCCAGGAAGUUAUUCUGUGCAGGCCCCACCCAAGUGAACAGGAGCUCAGUGCAUUGAAAUGUGGCGUCGCCCUUUUGACUUCCAGAAACUUGUAUUUAUUCCUGAUCUUUUUGCACUGGAGAUCCUAAGCAAUAGUGAGGCUAUUGCAUCAAAAACCACAGCAACUGAGUUUGCAGAAGAGCAUGAAAAUGUGGCUUAGGUUGCAGUCCUAAACCCACUUCCUAGUGAGUAAGCUCUCUUGCACACAGUGGAGUUUCCAUCAAAGUUGACAUGUCGCUGUGAACUUGUGGAAGUAUUUGAAAUUAGGUAGUCUGGUUUGCUCAUAUCUUAUGUUAGAAUAAAAAUUGUAGGGAAUGACAUUCCUUGUAAAAUAAGUUGUAUAAAAAGUAUUGAACUCUUUCCCCCUCCCUGAUAGGAUCAUAUUUGCCACGUGGGUCACCACAAGUUGGGUUGGAGCUACUGACUGGUGCCCUUUCUGGCACAGAGAGUGCAGGCCACUUCCCCGUGCGCUGUGGUUUUUUCUCUUGCUGACUUAGCUGAGAAUUCAACAUCAGCCCAGCCCUGGAGAAGCAGCCAGGAGUCUGAGCUGCCUCUUUGGGUCGUGUCCAGGACUCCCAGAAACUCCCAUGGCCUGCUUAUGCCUUGCAGAGACCCCAAAGCUUUUCAUGGGGGAAAUGCAAUUCCGUCCUUACUCCAUGAUUUGAGCAAAAAGUCUGGAAGUAUGUCAGGCUGGUGCGAAGGAGAAGACAGCUCUCUGCCCCAAGAAGUUUGCAAUCUGGAAUGAUGGUAGCCAACAUGGUGCCCUCUAGAAGUUGGUGGAUCCAAGAACAUACAGAGGGUGCUGUGUUGGCCACUUUUGAUCUAAGUUUUGGAAGCAGGAGGAGUUGCAUCCAGGGCAGCACAUCUGUAAAGGGCAGUUGCUGGGCCUCGUCUCCCCACCCUUUGUGUUCUUGCCCUUCAUCUAUAAGACCCAUCCUUCACGUUUUAACUCUAAAAGAUGGGGGGGGGGUCCAUUUUCUUUGACUGUCGAUAAGUGAAAGUGGCUCUUGAUCCCUCAGUGAGUGAAGGAUCAGACCUGCCUGACGUGUAUCAUGAAGUAACUCGCAUGGAAAGGAAAGAGUUGAGCAAUAUUCUAACAGAUUAGGCAAGCGGUGAUGGGGACACAUGGCCACAGUCUGCUUUUUUUUAAAGAAUCCCCUACUUUAAGAAUUGGUUGCUUAUUCUCUGCUAACCCCCUCAAAACACCACUUUCCCCUAUUUGUUUCCGUCUGCUCCCCCCCAGCCUGGCACCCUCCAGAUGUUUCAGACUUACAGCUCUGGGAGUUAUAGUCCAAAACACCUGAAGGACGCCGGGGGGGGGGGCUGGCUGAGGUCUCCUUUCCUCUUCACAGUGUGCUUCCCAAACAACCUCUUGGGCUCCCUCAAAAGUCACGGCGUUUUCCUUUCUCCGCAGGCUGAGAGCGAUGUGGCUUCUCUGAACAGGCGUAUCCAACUGGUAGAGGAAGAGUUGGAUCGUGCCCAGGAGCGCCUGGCAACAGCCUUGCAGAAACUGGAGGAGGCUGAGAAGGCGGCAGAUGAGAGCGAAAGGUGGGGAUAGCCCUCCAACUGUUGUCCAAUCUCAAAAAAAAAAAAACCACCUCAGUUGUGAGGCAGGAGCAUAGCAGCUGCUGUGGCCUGGCCUGCCUUUUAGCCUUGGCUGUGUUGGGCCACGCACCCUAAUGCACAGCAUAUCUUGGCAAGGGGGAACCUAGGGUGGGGCACCUGAAUCUUCACACAUCCAUAUCCUUCACACAUCCAUAUCCUCCCAGAGUUCCCUGAGAAGAGGGAUUGUUAAAUCAUUAUGGGAACGGUAGCUCUCUGAGGGGAAUAGGGAUCUCCAAAGUGCUCUCAGAACCCUUAACAAACUACAGCUCCCAGAAUUCUUUGGGGGGGAGGCCAUGACCUUUUAAAGUAGUAUCAUUGUGCUUCAACUGCAUGGUGUGAAUGUGGACACAAGCAUACAUACAUGCACACGCACUCCGACAUGGGGCCCAGUCCACCAGGGUAUUAUUUUAUUAAAUUUCUCCAAAUUUAUACAGUUAACCCCCCCCCCUUUGUGCGCAUUUGAGGCAUGCAUGACCACUGACCCGCACACCAUUUUCAGCCCCAGAAGGGCAUGGGGCUGGCUUCCACAGUCCUCUUGAUGCAUACAGUGCCUCAGAAUGCCACCCCUGUGCAAAUGGGAAUUCCCUGAACACCGGCUUAAAAAAAAAAAAAGGAAACUAGCAAAUAGCCUGUUGUUGUAAGUAGCUGUGUGUUUUGAAGGGAAGUUUGUACCCUUUUACACCCCUGCAAAGUAUUUGUGAGCAGAGGCUGAGCCAGUCGCUGCCAAGCAUGGAAGGGUGGCACCAAAUUCUUCUUUCCCAUACGAGUGAGUGGCAGCCAUACAUGUACUAGAUAGCUGGACUAUCUUGAAGUUUAAUUUUGGUACCCCAAAGCGCAAUGAGCUAGAGGGGGAAACAAAAUUUCAGCCCACCAGUGAGGAAGGCACUUGUGGGAAGUCCUUAAUAGUGUUUUAAAAUUGUUGAAACUUCCCUAGCCAGAGAGAUGGCUGCAGAGGAUUUCCAGUGGGUUGGAGGCAGGUGCUUUAUACCCCAGGACUAUCCAGGGAAGCAUGAAUUAGGCAAAAUCAGAGAGGCCAUGCUGAUUUGCCUAUAGGUCACAGAAAUAACUUUUUUUUGGGGGGGGAGCAGAAUUGUUGAGACACAACUGGGCCUUCAAUAGCAAGAUGUUUUCCAACCCUUGUAAUUUCUGCCUUCCAGAGGAAUGAAGGUCAUUGAGAGCAGAGCCCUGAAGGAUGAGGAGAAGAUGGAGAUCCAGGAGAUCCAACUCAAGGAGGCCAAACACAUUGCUGAGGACGCCGACCGCAAGUAUGAAGAGGUGGGUACUUGAGCGCAGCCGGGGGCCCUUGGGAGGUUAUUCGGUUUGGCUGCUGUUUCCAAGGAGGACCAGUGAGGAGGGAGACCUGAGAUGCCCUGCAGAAGGCAUGGGGUGGCAGGGUGACCCACUGAGAGACAGCAAGGAUCUGAGCGGAGAAGCUUUGUGGAGGAAGCCCACAAGAGGGGGGCGGAAAGUGAUGCCUUUUGCCUAGCAAGCGUUUGAGUGUGUGUGCUGAAAUUUCACAAGGGCAGGAUCGCUGGGAGUUGUACACCACCUCCUGAAGCUGGGGACUUGACCUUGGCUUCCUGCCUUCUGAAAUGGUCUCCCUCUCCACCUCCCUGCUGUGGUGUCUCAAGUACGGUCAGCACAGUUACUUGGGGCAACCUUCCCUGACCUGUUGCCCUCCAGAUGUUGUUGGGAGAUGAUUCUCCAUCGCAGUCUCCAUCUUGCUGCUGAGCCCUGAGCCUCCCCCCUCCUUCUGCUUUCCCCAUUGCUAUAGGUGGCUCGUAAGCUGGUGAUCAUUGAGAGCGACCUGGAGCGUGCGGAGGAGCGGGCUGAACUGUCAGAAAGGUAGGGGCCACUUCCUGGCCGAUUAAAAAAGGGCUCUGGGGUCCGUGCGGCAAGUGUGAUUUAUGUCGCAGUACAUGAGUGUCUGGUGCGGGACGGUGACUGGCUAUCUUCCAGCAGCAGCUGCGGGGGUCUGCUGCAUGCCUUGGCACGCCUGAGUGUGUGUGCGUGUCGUUGCGCCUGCGUACGUCUGUGCGCUUCCGUGGUGUCUGAAUCGUUUCCUCUGGGGGCCUCUCUUAUUUGGUCUGGGUCACUGCAUGCUUUUUUGCUCGCACACGGAUUGUUUUGUGAAUGGCUCUUGUGCAUUUUCAUGUGUUCACUAACAGCCAAGCCCGACAGCUGGAGGAACAGUUAAGGAUAAUGGAUCAAACGUUGAAAGCAUUAAUGGCUGCUGAGGAGAAGGUACUGGAGACAACAUACCUCUGUAUCUGUGAACCGAAUGAUCAGGUUUUUUUAGCUGCCACCCAAAUCUCCCGGCUACCCUGACCUUCUAGUUAGAUGCCUCUUAGCAGUAGUGGCUGGAUCUCCCCUUUAUCCUUCUCCUUCCUCUCCUGUGUUUGCUUUCUCUCGUCUCUGGUGUGGAUGCUGGCGUGUGUGUGCACAGGUGUGUGCUUAACCUUUUUUGUAUCUGAUCGAGCCCCAAGAAGAAGCUGAACCUCUUGGGUUGGUUGAAGAGUUUUGGAUAAGUCAGCCCUCAGGUGUUCUGGACUACACCUGCCGCUUGGGCUGUUGGGAGAUGUAGUCCAGAACAUCUGGCGUUGGCAGAAUAAAUUAUUCUGAAUCAACCUGGCUAUUUUAAAACCCACAGUUGUGCUUGUACAAGUCACAUCUGCAUUGGCUCCUGAGUGCAGAAAGAGAAUUCCAUGGAAAAUCCAGACAGAAGAUGGUUGCAGGUCUGCAGACAGUUUGAAAAUUGCCAUUUUGGCCCUGCUGAAAUGUGGCAGCGUUCAUUUGGGGGCCUUUCCCCCAGGGACUCUUGGCUCACCCAACCCAGAGCACGUGUGUGAUGCCCCAGUAGCAUAGCAGAUUUGUGGACAAUAUUUUUGAGUCCUUCAAAGCAACUUUGGGUUCUGCGAUUAAUUUAUCUCUUUGAUCUCAAGUGGGUUCAGCUUCUUUUAAGGCCCUUUCUUAAACUCUGAGAUUCAGUUUUCAUUUUUCUCUAUCUUUUCUUCCCUCUCUUUCCCUCCCCCCUCCCCCAAUGACUGUUCUUCCUCUUGGCCCUUUUCCUCCCUCCAUUCCAAAAUAAUAGCAAAUGUGCUGAACUUGAAGAGGAGUUGAAAACUGUGACCAACAACCUGAGGUCGCUGGAAGCUCAGGCAGAAAAGGUAUGGUCUAGCUGCGAAAGGUGCAAAUGUUACAUGAUGGGCUUUCCAGGCCACUUGUCAGAAUGUUUAUUCUGAAGCAAGUCCUGGUGCCUCCAGUGGGGAAUUUAUUUCCCGAGUACUCUUUUUUUAUAUUUUACUUGCCACAUUUCUGAUGCUUCUAAUGCCACAUUCACACCAUACAAUUAAAAGUACUAGGGUACUACUUUAAACAGUUGUGGCUUCCCUCAGAGAAAUCUGGGGGCUGCAGUUUGUUAAGGGUGCUGAGAGUAGUUGGGAGAGACCCCUGUUUCCCUCCUGAAACUACAAUUCCUUAAUAAUUGUAAUAAUCCCUCUUCACGGGGAGCUCUGGCAAUUGUAGCUCUUUGCAGGGGAAUAGAAGUAUCCUAGUAACUCUCAGCUCCUUUAACAAACUACAGCUCCCAAAAUUCCUUGGGGUAAGCCAUGACCAUUUAAAGUGGUAUCAUUGCACUUUUAAUGUUUGGUGUGAAUGUGACCUUAAUCACCAAAGCCCCAGGGCCCGAUCUGAUCCCGGCGGAAGCUAUUAAACAACAUCCAAUAUGGUGGGCUAAAAUUCUUGCAAAAAUCUUUGAUGCAAUCAAUGCCACGGGCCAGAUACCUACAUCAUGGAAGGAGUCCAUCAUAAUUCCUAUAUAUAAAAAAGGACCACCAGAGGACCCAGGAAACUAUCGUAAUAUCAGUUUAUUAUCAAUCAUCGGAAAAAUCUACACUCGCUUCUUGCUAACCAGACUAACCCAAUGGGCCGAAGAUUCCAAUCUGAUAGGCCAUGAACAGGUCGGGUUUAGACCAAAUCGCGCUUCCAUUGACCAUGCUAUAAUUCUAUAUCAUUUGGCGCGGAAAUACUCUUCCCCUACUCAUGGUCUUCUAUGUGCCGCUUUUAUAGACCUGAAGGCGGCUUUUGACAGUAUCUCUAGAGAGCUGUUAUGGGAAAAACUGGCAAAGUGGGGCAUAGAAAAAGGCUGUUGUGGCUAUUGAUUAAAUUACAUGAAGGGACGGCUGCUAGGGUGAGGUUAACACCUGAGGGCGAUCUAACAAACUCAGUUCCAAUAAACAAGGGGGUACGACAAGGGUGUAUCCUUGCCCCCUAUCUGAGGCCCAAACCUCCAUUCAUGCACCCAGGCUUGCAGACUAUCGCUGCCCCUUAUUAUUGUACGCUGACGAUGCGGUGAUCCUCUCUUAUUCUCGAAUCGGUUUGAGGAGGGCCCUUAAGAUUUUUGCAUCAUAUUGCCAAACAAAUUUACUUACUAUUAACCAUUCCAAAUCUAAAGUCCUAAUUUUUUCCAGGAGUCGUAAACUGUAUAGAUGGGAACUUGAGGGAAGCCAAUUGAACAAGUUUACAAAUUUCAAUAUCUAGGAAUUUACUUCCAGUAUAAAAUGGGAUGGAAAGCGGAUAUCACAUAUUUACAAAACAAGGUGUAAGCCCUUAUCUACGCGAUAGUACGCUUCUUCUUUACUGAGGGGCUAUGCAUGUUCCAUCCGCCUUAAAAGUUUAUAGUGCAAAAGUGGUUGCAACUAUGGCCUAUGCGGUCCCUUUAUGGGGCGUCUUUGUAAACCUCUUGCCUCUGGUGACAUUGCAAAAUCUUUUCUAAGACGCCUUUUGAAACUACCCUCCUGUGUAAGCAACUCUGCCAUUCGCUUAGAACUUAAGACCCCUCCCUUGAGAUUCUGAUGUGGAGACAUGCCUUUAAUUAUUGGCUGUCCCUUUGGCAUAAAUUGCCAAACUACCAUCUUAUUCAGUGCCUUUGGAGAGAUGAAUUCACCAGCCCAUGGGCAACAAAAAUCCAUUCCAAACUGUUGUCUUAUGGAAUCUCUCCCUCCGAUAUACUUAAUUUAGAUCUAAUUACAGCUAAAAAGGUCAUCAAACAAAGAUUGGAGGAUGUAGAUUUACAACAAAAUCUUACCACAGGUGGAGGUACAUGUUCCCCGAUAUAUCAGGGCAUUACAUCUAUGUCCCAGAUACCUCGAUAUCUGUCUACUUUAUCGGCUGCGUCGCAUAGAUUCGCAUUUGUUAGAGCCAGAUUUAAUGUGUUCCCCUCAAAUGUGCUGAGCAAUAGAUUUUCUAACGGUAAAAUCUCUGUUUUGUGCGCAUGUGACAACAAAUCGAUAGAAUCCCUUUAUCAUAUCUUGUUUAAUUGCCCCUUAUACAAUGUUCCCCGAUCAAGGAUCCUGAGUUCAAUCAUCCUGGAAAUUGCUGCUAAACCACCUGAAUUACAUCUAGCUUAUCUACUCCAGGACAUUGACUCUUAUAGAACUUUACAGGUUGCUAGAUUCCUGAUCUCAGUUCUGUCAUAUAAAAGACUUCAGGGAAUGCUGCAUGACUAUUAAAAAUUCAGUAAACUCUAUGCACCAUCUUUAUCUUCAAGGCCAUAACACGGUACAUUUAGAGAUUAUGCGUUGAAAUAUUUUAGUUGAUAUUUUAGAUUGUAAAAUGCUAUUGAUUUUAUCUAUUGAUUUUUAUCUAUUGAUUUGUUUUACCUUGUGGGCUUAUAGCCGAAUAAAGUAUUAUCUAUCUAUCUAUCUAUCUGACCUUAAUCACCCAAAGCUCCCAAGCUGAUACUUGCAGUGAAUGCAAUACAGAUUGGAUGGGUUUUGAAGCUUCCUCAGAUGACUCUUUACCUAGCUGUGUCCAGAGGGCUGCUGUCAGGUCUUGGGCAAAGAAGCACAUUUCCAUGUUCUUCUGUUUUGAGAUCAGUUUAACUGAGAGGUGUUGGGGAUUGAACUUGAGAUCUUCUGCAAGCAAAGCACUGCUCUCUCUACUGAGACCUACAGUAAAACAGAACUGUAAAAGCAUUCUCUAGAUCAAUAAAAUAAUAAAACAGUAUAAUAACAGUUUUGUUUAGGGUUGCAAAGUGGAUUUCUUAUUACUAUUCUAAAAAGAGAGAAAGAGCAAAAGCCUGCGUCAACAGUCACUUGUUGCCAGAUGAAAGCUGUGUGUCUUUGACCCUUUAACUGGAUUUCUGAGAAUCGGCAAUGGAUGCUUUCAAGAACAGACUGUGACUUCAGUGUGAAAUGUGGCUUGUAGCAUUAUGAAGCUGAACAAGGAACCCAAUAGGCUAUCUUUUAAUCAUCCUGUGUCAGGAGUUCUGUGCUGCAGUGCAAACCUCUUUCCAGAUCCCCCGCCCCCCCGGCAUGAGAGAGAUUGUGCAGUCCUGCAGAAACAGCUGGUUUGAGCCAGAGCUAUAAGCCAGGGUGGGGAGCCAGUGACCCAGGCAGUGUGGCUAAUGGUCAGUGGUGGUGGGAUUUGGGAGUCCAGCAAUAUUUGAAGGGCCAUUCCUGUUAUAAGCUUUUCCACUGUUAAUGCAUUUAGCUUACAACAGGAUAUUGCUUAGGCUUGCACAAUGAAAUCUGAACACUUACUCCUGGCAUUGCAGUUUUGCUGGUUUCCUUUCAUGCAGUUAUUUUUAGUGGUCUUUCAAUUUGUGAUUGUAAAGAUAUUGGACGUUGCCACCUCAGUGCUGCCCAUGUCUGCUCAGUUGACCUUCCAUUGGUCUGCUUAAUCUACAGUACUCGCAGAAGGAAGACAAGUAUGAAGAGGAGAUCAAGGUCCUUACUGACAAACUGAAAGAGGUAAAAAUGCCGCUGUAUCCUUGAGACAGAAGCCAACCCUCUUUUCCCUGCAGCUUUUAAGAGAUUUUGAAGAAUCUUAUUUCUUGCCCAAGUGGAGGGCAUGAGAGCUUUGCUCUGCUAUUGGGAAACUUCCAUUCUGAUCAGAAAAUGUCCUUUGUGGUCUCCAUGUACUAAAAAACAGAGGGCUGCAUCCAAUUUUAGGCCAUUGAUUUUGGGUCCAUAAAUUUUAAUAGUUCUACUCUGGGCAUAAUGUAAUUGGAUGUCACCUAUAAAUAUAAUUGUUGCCCUGGGCUCCUUUGGUAGGAAGGGCAAGAUACAACAUGAAUAAAUAAAAAUAAUUGAAAUGCUAUAUUGUUGUAUUUGGAGCAGGUUUCCCACUCUGUUUUGGAAGAUUCUGCUGCUGCUGCUGCUGCCGCCACCCAGCCUCUUUGCAUAAUGCAGAAGCUUUCCUAGACCUUCCUUGUGCUUUUUGACCAUUGCCUUUGUGUGUUUUCUUGGCCUCCAGGCUGAGACCCGAGCUGAGUUUGCAGAGAGGUCGGUAACUAAGCUGGAGAAGAGCAUUGAUGACUUAGAAGGUACGUUUCUUUAUAUGCAUCCCUUGCUAACCUAGAAGGCUGAGACAGCAAACUCCAUCUUUGAAGUAGGCACUUACAGUGGACAAUUGCUAAUUUUUGGUCAAUACUGGUAAGCGCCUGCCAUGCAUAAGUGCCAGGCAGCAGAGGUUGGGAGACCUCCCUAGCAUCACUGCGUCUGGAACGGAAGUGACCACUAGGCAAGGGAGGAAGAUUGCUGGCUGAACAGGAGGGGACACAGGUGGCGCUGUGGUCUAAACCACUGAGCCUCUCAGGCUUGCUGAUCGGAAGGUCAGCAGUUUGAAUCCCCGUGACGGGGUUAGCUCCUGUUGCUCUGUCCCAGCUCCCGCCAUCCUAGCAGUUCAAAAGCACACCGGCGCGAGUAAAUAAAUAGGUACUGCUGUGGCAGGAAGGUAAAUGGCGUUUCCAUGCGCUCUGGCUUCUGUCACAGAGUCCUGUUGCACCAGAAGUGGUUCAGUCAGGCUGGCCACAUGAUCUGGGAAAACUCUGCGGACAGACACCAGCUCCCUUGGCCUGAAAGUGAGAUGAGCACCGCACCCCAUAGUCCGAUUUGACAGGACUUAACCUUUACCUUUAACGCAUGAACAGGGCAGAUGAAUAACAAUUGACUGAAAAUGGGGCUUCAGAAUGUUUGAUAACUGGCUUUAGACAGAGAAGGUUUUACUUUUGCAUCUUUCUCUUUUGUCUCUGUCCUUUUGGUGUCUCGAGACUUCAUUCUCUUGAGUAUUGAACUCCACUUCCUCCUCCUCCUGGUCCUUGUGGAAUAUUCCACUGUGAAAAAUGAACAAGUCAGAUAGGAAAUGCUAUGAGUUCCUUAAGAUUACUGGCUGAAAAUGUCAGCCAAGGGACGCAUUGCAGUUGCUCCCAUUAGGAAUGUUGCAAGUUGACAUAGUUUUCUGAUGGAGAUGAUGAAUGAAGGUCAAGACAGCCAUUUGGUGGCACCUACUGACUCCACUGUCAGCGACAUUUGAAGCCUUGCUUGUGUGUUAAUGGGGAGCAUCUGUUUAGCAGUUACAUGCACCGUUUGCUUCCAAGGUCUUCAUAAGUCCUUGGAAUUUUCUUCUGUGUUGGUUGGACACUUGGGGAAAUGGAAGUAGUUGCUGGAGAGCCUUCCCUCAAGUCUUCCUGUUAGGGUGUGAGGCCUGACCCUGCUCUCAUUCUGUAGGGAACUGCUGCAUGGGAAGGGGUUGUCUGCUGUUACACUGGAAGAAUGUUUUGGAAUUGGACUUUGCCAGGUUGCGUGUUCUGGUGCUUCCAACAGGGAGAGGGUAGAAGGGGUCUUGAGGGGCCUACAUCUCCGGGGGAAAGGAGGAGUUUGGUUUCAGAGCCCCUUGGGCCUCAGCGCUAUUCUUUCUGCUGAGCCAAUCUGCUGUCUGACCCUGUGACAGUGGCACCAGGUCCAAGAGUUCAAGCCCCAUGAUGCAAUGACAGAAUCGGAAGGAGCAGUAGGAGAGAUAAGGACUUUGACAAGUCCUGGAGAAAAAUGUUCCCUCUGGUGAAAUUCUGGUGCCCCGGUGUGUUUCUGGCCUUCCUUGGGGGGGCUGUGCAACUUCUGCUUCAAGCUGCGUCUAGGCCACAGACUUCUCCAACCUGGUGCCCUCCAGAUGUUUUGGACUACAACUCUUAACACCCCCAAGCCAGCACAGUUGCAUCAUGCUGGAACUGAUAUUGUAGUCCAAGCAUCUGGACGGCACUGGCUUGGAGAAGGCUGGUCUAAACUGUACAACUUUUGGCUGCAGAGAUGGAACAGCUCAAAUGCAUGUAGAAAAAUAGAAACAAGUUUUAUCCAGGUUUAAUGGAAAGCUAGCAUCUAGGAGAGUUUUUGCAGUAUCACUUCGAUUUUGUUUCCCACCAUUUGCUUGCUGUAUUGUUAUUAUUUCUACCCCCAUCUAGCAACUCCACUGCUUGAAUUCUUUUUGAACCCAUUUGACUCAUCUGUUUUCUUUUGCUUUCUCUCACACCUCUCCUGUGCCACACGCUGCCGCCUUCCACACACCUCCAUCUCUCCCCUCCUGGCUGCCAUGACUUCCGGACGGUGUUUUGCUUCCACAUCACCCUUGGUCACUGCCUCCUCCUCCUCCUCCCACUUCUUCUGCCUUCCCCUUGGUGACUCUCAGAUGAGUUGUAUGCUCAGAAACUCAAGUACAAGGCCAUCAGCGAGGAGCUGGAUCACGCUCUCAACGACAUGACUUCCAUGUAAUUGGCCUCUUGUUUCUGCCUGCCCCUCUGCCCCUGAGGCGCCUCGCUGCUGCAGCCUUGCAGGUUAAACUGGCUCACUCUUUAGUGCAGGGCUGGCCUCUCCGCACGCCUGGUGCUGGCAUGGCUGUGGUCUGAUGGAAGCAUCUAGGGUGGGGGGAAAACGUUUUAAAUAAAAGUAAGCUUCCAGCCUUUAAAAUCUUGGAGAGUUUGUUAAAUGUCUCCUAAUAAUUUCCAUGCCAGUUUCGUGGUUUCAUAGAGCACAAGGCAUUCCUAGUCAGCAAUAGAUUGGCUGGCAGCCAAAUUCAUAACACAAUUAUUGGCAAUCAGCUGUGAGGUCCCCCAGCCACCCAGUGCAAUUCUUUUUGCUGGGCAACUUACCAAACUCUCUUAACAAGAGGGAAAUUCAAUGGUCUUUGAGCUUUUUCUAUCGCAGUAAAGAGUGGGCAAGUUUCAUGCUUGGAUUGAUGAAUUUAUCUGACAUUCCUACAAGGCUCAUUUUUACCUAAGUGUGUGUCCAUCCUGCUCUCUCCCUACACCCUUUUGGGAGUGUUUCUCCUUCAAGUUCUCUUCUGUUGCAGCAUUUCUAAAGUUCUGUUCCCAAAUUUAGUAAGUUUCUACGGUUGCAUUCCUAACCUCCACUACUAGGAGAUGAACUCAGUUGAAAUCAGUGGAAUGUACUUCCUAGUAAACAUACUUCAGGUUGGAUAAACUAUGCUACCUGCGGGCCACCUGCUUUUAAAAACAGCCACACACUUAUUGGAUCCUGCUUCUCAAUAUCAUUUUGCUUCAUUAUUUCAUGCAUUUCUGCUAUGCAAGAGGUUCAGUGUAGUUAACAGACUUUGGUGCAUGUUGCUUUAAGAGAAAUAAGGGCUGGAGAUUCAGGACAGACAUGCCUCUGAAUACCAGUUGCUACAAAUAACAAGUGGGGUGAGUUGCUGUGUUGCACUGGGAUCCUGCUUUGCAGAUUUCCCAUAAUAGGCUGGACACUAGGAGAACAGUGACAUCUUCCCAUUUUUUUAGACUCUCUGAUUAUCAGAACAUGGCAAGGAGUUUUAAAGUGAGAGAUCAGGUGAUCUUGGCUUCCUUCCCUACCCCCACCCCCACCCCCCAAAAAAAAUUCAGCUCAGGAUGAGUUUGCAGUUUGUUGCAGUCCAUAUAUCUUAUUUCUGUGGAGAGAUCUUGGGGGCUUAGGAUUGGUGUAUUCCAGCGGCCAAAGGGAGCUGCUGCUUUCACUCUCUGCCUUCUUCCCACUGGUUGGGCAUGGUCUAAAGAUGGAAUGCAGGUUUCUUUGAAAUAAUUAUUCCCUAGUUAGGGAAAGGAAAAAAGGCAUAGAAAUUGCUUAAAUAAUGUACCAUCAGAGCUGCGUCUUAGAACACCUAAGUAGCCCAUAAAACAAGUAGCCCAUAAAUAGUGGAAAUUGCUGGGAGUUUGAGUCUGUGGGGUCGAUUUGCUUUAUAAUGUCUUAAGAAAUGCUGAGCAGAAGUCAACUGUCCUGUACUGAGAACUCGUAACAAUAAAUUUGUUAACUUAUUUAAAAACAGCAAAAGGGGAAAUCUCAACCUACUUCCCAAAUUGCAUGGCUAGCUUCUUUGCAAAAUUUCAGUACUUUUAAAUUUUUGCAUAUUGACUGAACAUUGCACACUAACACAAUAACCUUCUUGGCUAGAGAAAGUAGAGAUUUUUUUCCAGGUCCUGCCUGAGAGGGAAUUUGGAAAAGGCAGGUGAGGAAGUUGGAUAUGGCUGGCUUGAAAUAGCAGGUGUGUGGAUGAGGGUCUUCCAGCCUUCUCCACCCUGGUCUGCCCCCUGCAGUGUUCGGCUCCAGCUCCCAUUAUUCCUGGCCACUGGCCAUUCUGGCUGGGGCUGAUGGGAGUUGGAGUCCAGCAACAUCUGGAGAGCACCAGGUUGCUUUUGACUCAAUGGUGUGUGCCAAGAGUUACUCUGAAUCAAGCUGCAGAAAUAGAUGUAUUUAACACCGUUUUUUGUAUAUGUUUUGAAAGUGAAUAUUAAUUGUGAAUAUUAAAAAGAAAUACCUGCCAAGAGUGCUUGUGGAGGCAAUUGGCCUCUUCCCUCCAACCAACCCUGCACCCCUUACACUGACGGUCAUCUUCUUUGUCACGUCAGUCACUCUAAAGUGUGGGGGGGGUGCAAUUAAGACGCCCAUGAGCUGAAAGUCCCCUCCCUCCCAGGCUGAUUUGCAUAAAUUUGUCAUGAUGAGCAAGGCAUGUUCUGAGUGCAGUGUUUGGAGGUACUGAAAAAUGUUGGCUCUGGCAGCCCCCCACCCCACCCCAGUUUGGGAGGGCUGACAGCCCCAGCUGUGAAAUGUGUCAUUACAGCAGGAGCAACCCUCUGAUCAAAGCCGGCUUUGUUUCUCUGACCUGUUGCCUCUCUCCUGUCUUGCUCCUCCCCCUUGCUGCUUCCUUUUCCACGCCAUCCAUGAUGCCAUUUUUUUCAUUUCCUUUCUUUUAUCUCUGUGCAGAUAAAUGUCUUUGCUUCACUCCUCCAAAGACACCUUCGUCACGCUGGACAACCCAUCUUUUCCAAGCUGCUGGCUGUUUCUCAGUACACGGUCCUGUCCUUCUCGCCCAGUUUCCCUUUAACCUUUUCCUCCUAGCUCUCCCUUUGCUCGCAGGACGUGGGGUGAACACUGUCUCUUCCUCUCUCCUCCCUCUUCUGUGCCUUUUCGACUGUACAGAAACUGGCCAACCUUCAGUGUAAAAUAAAAAAAGAAUCCCACUGUGUAAGCUGUAUCUCUUUUGCUAUUUCUUUUAUUUAUUUCCAUCAUUUCAAGUAUGAAUAAAAUAAAAAAAUCUGCUUUCUCGCCAUUAGGGAUUUAUUCUUACUUUCUAUUUUAGUUUAUUUUUUGCCUCUCUCUUCCACUCUACCCUCCCCGCUCAUCCCAUUUCACAAACCUCCUGUCUUUAAUCCAAGAAUGCAGCCUCCGUAGUGUAACCUCUCAUUGUUGGAUGGAAAAAGGGUCUCCUUUUUAAAGCGAGUUUCCUUUUUCUUCCUUGACUUCUCCCUCCCUCUUAGCCAGGUGAGACAAUAUAAGCUGGAUUCUUAAGAAGUAUUUGUUUAAAAGUGUGGGCAUUUGGAAGCCUGUCAGCUCAGAACUAAGGGUCUCUGCAUAUGGUGAAAGUCCACUGUAGCCAGGCUUCUGUGUGUGGACGCUCUCAGAACUGAGAAUCUCAGCUUCCACUUAAAAAUAAACACGGUUCUAACGCUUAUGAUUCUGGAGGUGAUCGAAGGGGAAGGUUGCAAAACCACAUCCAACAAAGGAAGCUGAAAACCCAGAUUGAGCAAAGAGCUGAGGCUGAGAAAAGUCCUCUUUAAUAGGCUCUCUCCUCUCUUCCCAGCUGGUCAGUUACAAAGUGUUCAUUAGAAGGUUUUUGAACAUAUAUUUUUCACAUGUCACAGGCUGAACUCAUAUUGGUUUGGACCAUCGUGGAUCAGUCUGUGGUUGGGGAAUUGCCCAGUGUAGCUGUUGGCUGGAAAUAUUUCCCUACUGGUGAAGGUGUUGGCCAGCUGGUUGCCAGGGUGGUAUUUGGCUUGCAAAACGGUUGUCUUCCUCUGAAGACCUAGGCAGGCAAGCAACUCCAAAUCUGCAAGAGUGAUCAAAUGGAAAUAAGUCAUGAUACGGACAGGACAGUAAGAAAAUGUGAUGAUACGUUCAAUACAAUAAUUGUUUCAUCUGUGAAAAAUGGAAAUGCUCCAGAAUUAACUGGUGGCUAGCUGGCAAAAUUCGAUUUUAUUUGAAUCCUCAUCAUAAGCCAUCCAUGUAAUGUGAAGAUAAAUGAGGAAAGCAUAAUCCUCAUAUGAGAAGAAACAUUGCUAACAUUGCAGUCCUGUGAAUGUCUGCUUGGAACUAGACCCAGCUGAAUUCAGUGUUGCUUACUCCCAAGUAAGUGGGUGCAUGCCCACUUACUUGAGAGUAAUCCCAUUAAACAAAUUUGUAAUCAAAUUCUGAAUAGAUAUGUACAGUUGUUCCUUGGAUCUCGAACGCCUUGGCUCCCAAAAGAUUGAAACCUGGAAGUAAGUGUUAUGGUUUUCAAACGUUCUUGUGGAAUCCGAACGUCCGACAGGGCUUCCAAUGGGCUGCAGCCAAUCAUAAGCCGCGCUUUGGUUUUUGAACGUUUUGGAAGCCGAACGGACUUCUGGAACGGAUUCUGUUUGACUUCCAAUAUACAACUGUAUAUUGUGUUUCCUGUCACCGGGCCAGUCUUAUUUAUUUAUUUGUGACAUUUACAUAUCAUUAAGUAAUGCACAUCUUCUGAGAUGCUUACAGUAGAAGUUUGCUAGCUGAUGAAAACUUGCUUGAAGACCUGCAUGCUUUCCCAGGGCCCCAGCUUAGAAUAAUAAUAGAUAUUACUGGCUAUGGUGGGUAGAAUUCUACAGUGGUUUAAUGUUUUUAAAUACGUAUUUUAUUUAAAGUGUAUUUUAUUUGUUUGUUUUUUGUUUUUUUGUAAGUGCUCUGAAAUUAUUUGGAGGGAGAGUAUGUGAGGGAAAGUAUGUAUAGAAAUAAAUGUGUAUAGCAGUAAGAUAAAAAUAUGAAUACAAAUAAAGUAUAUCUAAAAGGCAUUCUCACAUCAAGAAUGCACCCUCUAGAUGUUUUGGAAUAGAACUCUAUUAAUCCCCAGCCAGCAGGGCCAGUUCUCGGGGCUGAUGGGAGUUGUAGCUCAAAAUAUAUGGAGAACACCAAAUUUGGAAGGCUGCAACAGGCCUGCCCUUUCUAUUAGCACCCCAACAUUAAGCUGCUCAUUGAGAGUCCCAACAACCAAAGCAAGAGAAAUUGAGGCUGGUGGCUUCCUCCAUAGCUAUUGGAAAUAACUGGUCCAUUGGAGCAUCUGUACCUUGAUUUGAGAGAGCCACUUGGACACAUAUUUCACUCAUGUACAUGAUACUUAACAGAUGUAUGAUCUCACUGAUACACGCCAAAGGACACAAUGCCUUGGUGAAGUUUCUUGUGAGAAUUGAUUCUACUUCAUAAUACAUGGAUGGUUUCAUGGUAACGCAAAUUAAUUUCAUCAAUGAAAAUGGACGUGUUACCGGUUUUGUUCUAUUCUUAUCAUGACUUAUUUCACUUCUGUGUCACACUUUUGUUACUGGGCUUCUAUGUUUGUUUAGUUCACUGGUUAACCAUAAAUGUGUUAACUGUUAUUAUUUUUAUAUACUUGAAAUAUGUUGAGAAAACAAUGUAGGGGCAAGCCUUAGCCUCUCCAUGGUCAUAUAUGUAUUUAGCUUGUUCAUCGCCUUGUAUCAAAAUCUCAAAGCAACAUGUUACGUAAAAGAAUCAGGCCAUAGAGUUCAAUGCCAAUAAAUUACAUAUAACAAUUACAUUACAAAUUACCAAUAAAUUACUUAAAGAAAUAUAAAAGGGCAGCUGAAGUACUGAAAGUCAUCACAUCAAACGUAUCUCCCGGCAAUAUGAUUCCUGUGGUCAUAUUCUGUCCAGUGUAAUAUUACCCAGUUUAUAUACCCUCAUUUGCAGGGCAGCUUACAAAAAUGCAGUCUCAUAAACAUAUGCAUAUCUUAUGGAAUAUUUGAGGUUGUUCUGGGGAUAAAAGGAGGCAGUGAAGAGCUGUCCAAAAACUUCUUUUUGAAUGAUGCAUCCAACAUCCUGCCCUUUGGCUAGCCACUAUAAAGAGACCAUAAAGGGAUCUUUUCACACAAGCAGGAAAGCCUGUCUCACUUGGAUCUUAUCAUAGAGGCUUCUGGGUGCUGUCUCUUCAACAAUGGAGCCGGCAUGGGGUAGUGGUUAGAGUGUUGGACUUUCAGGGGUCAGCAAACUGUGGGGAGCCAGACUAUAUUUUGAAAAAAUAAUAAUGAAUGAAUUCCUAUGCCCCACAAAUAACCCAGAAAUGCAUUUUAAAUAAAAGGACACAUUCUACUCAUGUAAAAACACGCUGAUUCCUGGACUGUCCACGGGCCAGAUUUAGAAGGCGAUUGGGCCGCAUCCGUCCCCUGGGCCUUAGUUUGACCAGGGUUCAAUUUGCUGCCUCUCAGCCUAACCUCACAGGGUUGCUGUGAGGAUAAAAUGGAAAGAGGGAGAACCCUGAAGAAAGUGGGAGAAAUCAGUGGGAGAAAGUUCAGAGAAAUGUGUCUAACGUGUGUAAAAUGUGUUUGCGUUUGAAAAAGUUAGCCACAAAUAAAGUCCGGCUGCAGCCUUUACAUUGCCAGGGAAAUGCCACAGCCUCCUAGGACAUCAGGAAGCUGCUAUAGGGCAAGGCUUCUGUUCAGGGCUCUGGAACUUCGGUGAACAACUCAGAGGUGUGGAAAGCUGGGAUGAAUUAUGGGGUGGAAGAUUUUGGUUGGCCAGUGUGGGAAAGACUAUCUUCUGAAUGGUGCCCCAAGCCUGAUACUUGGCCAUCUCCUGGCCUGCCAACCCUUAAUGGCUCUGCCUAGCCCCGAUGCAUGCUAUCCCACCGUCCCCCAUUGCAGAAAGGAGUGGUGGUUCUCCAGUUUAUGAACAGUCAUCUUCUAACGUGGUUAUUGGCGGUGAGCGCAUUGCCCACCUUUGACGGUAGGCUGUUCUUCCUGCCAUGCCUGUAACAAGAGCAUGAGGAACCUCCAGCUGUUACUGGACUCCAGCUUCCAUGUGUCCCAGCUAACUUGGCUAAUGGUCAGGGCUGAUGGGAGUUGUAGUCCAACAGCAUCUGGGCCAUCACUAACACUGGACGUGUUUGAGCUUUUGAAGUCUGUGUUUCCAUCUCAGGAUUGCUCGAAACUCGUGCACUUUUCCAAUGUCUUUCUGGCUACUGAGCUGUCUGCAUGGGGUGAUUUUUCUGGUUAAUGUUUUGGUCUGUCUCUAACCUUCUGUUCCUUCUGCCUCUUCCUCCUUCUUUUUUCUCCUGAUUCGCUUGCUGACUUGCACAGACCACCUCUACCAGCAGCUUGAGCAAAACCGCCGUCUAACUAACGAACUAAAGUUGGCCCUGAACGAGGAUUAAGCUUUAGUAGGAACCAACCCUUUCUAACAAAUGUGCUUGUGAUUCAGUUGAUAUUGAAAUAUGCAAGAGUCCUGUGCAAGUAAGAAAUAUUGCUUCGGUGAUUGUUGGAGGUGAAACUGGCUUGACUUAGGGACAUUUUAAAAUUUCACCCAUCAGUUGUGCUCUGUUUAGAACUUUUCCUUUAUUGUUUGAAGGCCAGCUAUAACGCCUGAUGAUAAUUUUACAGAGAGGAAAUCAAGCAGCCUUCCUCUUAGAGUGGAGUUUUCACUAGUAACACACAGAGGUGGGAGCAGAGAGAACUUGGAAACCUGAAUCUUUUAUUUAAAAGAUCUCAAAUCAAAUGUACUCCCAGCUGCUUAUUUGGAAUCUGAACCCCAUAAGUUUGAGUCCCGGUAAAAACAGCUUUUGUUUAUGGGUUAAACUACCCACCUAAAGAAGAGGCCGUUAUUGAGAACCUCAGGUCAGUUUAAAGGUACGCUUGCAUCAUAACAAGGUCACUGUUACUGUUUGGUUGUAUGUGGUUCUGCAGUUUCUGUGCUUAUGUCAGCAUCACUGAAGCGUGUUUAGUGGCUGUCCUACAAAGUGUGCAUGUAACAAAACUAAGAACUGUUGUAAAACUCUUUCUUUCUUUCUUUUUCUUUCUUUUUCUUUUGCGGGGGGAGGUUGAAAGGCUGCUGUAAAAAUAAGUCAACUGGGGUUUUUUUCCAUACAAACUGGUCCCGUCCCCCCCAGCUUUCCUUUUCUGGUAGUUAAAUAUCAGAAGGGUAGAACUGCUUCUGAAGUCUUGUCAUCAGCAUUUUUAAGAAGAUGUUUGCAUUUCCUCCUGGACUUUCCCUGGAACUGGCUGCCUGACAUUCUUUUGUACCUUUCCCUAUUACUAUUUUUUAAAGAAAAAUUAGAAAGCUCAUUGAAUUACUCUGUUGCAGCAGUGGCAGCCGUCAUGUGACAUAAGGUUGAUGGUUUUUUUGGUGGCACUAGGAUUAAAACAAAAAACACUCCCCAAGUUGUAGCAUAACUUACUCUGUUUAGUUCCCCACCACCACCUGGUUCUUUGGUGUUAUGUUUGAUAUGAUAUGAGCCAGGUGUCUUUGUCCCAAAACAAGUCCCAGUUCUUGGCUGCUGCCUCCUUUGAUGAUGGACCCAACAGAUAACUCGCUUCUCAUUUGGCAAAGGUGUUUUUGGGCUGCUGGCUGCUCUGAAGUGUGUUGCCUUUGUCACCACCUAGCUUAUGUUAAUCCUAAUAUGUCGUGGUCAUGCACCCUUCAUGCUCAUUUACAAAUGAUAUUUGCCUGUGUUCAAUUAAUAUAAAACAAUGACAUUUUUUUCAUAACUUGACUUUUCUAAUCCAAAACAGAGAAAGUGGCACAUGCCAAAGAAGAGAACCUCAAUAUGCAUCAAAUGCUGGAUCAAACUUUACUGGAGCUAAACAACAUGUGAAAACCACCAUAGCUGCGGCCACACCACUGUCAGCUUUGUUUUGAUUUAUUUUUUCACCUGCUUGCCAUGAAACCCUGAAAUGUGUCUUUAUUUUAUUACUGUCCCCCCAUGUUGCUAUACUCACAGGUCCACUUGCUAAACCCCAGGCAUGGAGUCAGGGAAAACAACAUAUAUACACAUGUAUAUGUAUAUGUAUAUGUAUAUGUAUAUGUAUGGGGUUAGGCUCCAUGUGGCUGUGAAUCAGCUGUGCCAUAUUCCUGGCCCUAAUGUUGCCUCUGUUUUGUAGAAUUCAGUGCUGCAAAUUGUGUGCAGCCUUUGUUGGGGGGGGAGGGGGCAGGUGAUGGCAGAAAUGUUCUCUUCCACCUGUCCAGCCAAGUUAGAUAUUAAACAAAGAUUGAUGUUAGAAACUCAGGAGAGGAACAAGGAGGGGUGUGUGUGUUUGACAUUCCUUGAAACUAAAGGUACUUGUGUGGUCCUUUGAACGGUAUUUCUUUAAUCUCAGCGGUUUGUCCAGCUCAGUAAUUUGAUUUCUUUGAAGAUGCCUCAAGCUGCAAAGGUUUGGCCUUUGCAUUUGAGAACAAAACAGGCCUGUAGGCUCCAUUUUAAACUAUUUAAUGCCUGAGUUGAAAGCGUGCAAUUUACAGCUCACUACAAAUGGUUAGGCAGCAUUUUGGUCUGCAAAAAGUCAUUCCAUGGCAGCGUCUUAAGAUCCGCUGCACUGGGGAACAAACCAAACAUUUUUCAUCAAUGGAUUCCAGUUGUUAACUCUGUUUUUGUCUGAAACUCAAGGGAAUCAAAUACAUUUGGUAUUUGCCACAUGUUUGUUUGACACACUUUUUUUUAGCAGUUUUAAAAAAAAUGUAUCUGUAUGUAAACAUUGUAUAAUUGAUAAUAGAAUAAAAGAACAAGCACUCUAGGACAUUUUGUAAAAACA